UGUAUCCGAGCGAGCAGUGUCUGUAUCCGAGCGAGCUGAGACUGUAUCCGAGCGAGCAGUGUCUGUAUCCGAGCGAGCAGCAUCUGUAUCCGAGCGAGCAGCAUCUGUAUCCGAGCGAGCUCCAUCUGUAUCCAAGUGAGCUGAGUCUGUAUCCGAGCGAGCUGCGUCUGUAUCCGAGCGAGCUGAGUCUGUAUCCGAGCGAGCUGAGUCUGUAUCUGAGACAGCUGGACGCCCUCCAUGUGACAGCGCCCCCCGUCUGCCGAUGUCCACACCAGGGUCACCCACUCCCCGGCUCCUUCUUCUCCGGGAGUAACGUGUAACCAGGAAAAUGACGGCCACAAGUCAGAAGAUCUGUUGUGAAAAUGAUGCAAAAACCAACAAAAGCUGCAGGAAUCCAUUCAACAAUAUCAAGAUCUUUGUGGUUUGUCAUGGACUCCUGCAGCUCUCCCAGCUCCUUCUCUCUGGCUACCUCAAGAGUUCAAUUUCCACUAUUGAAAAGCGCUUUGGGCUCUCCAGUCAGACAUCUGGGAUUCUGGCUUCCUUUAAUGAGAUUGGGAACACCGUGCUUAUUGUCUUCGUCAGCUACUUUGGAAGUCGAGUACACCGGCCACGGUUCAUCGGGUGCGGAGCUCUGAUUGUCUGCCUUGCUGGAUUUAUUAUGUGUCUACCUCACUUUAUUAUGGGACAGUACGAAUAUGACAAAUCUAUCGCUAGCGUCUACAGUAACACAACGGAUAUUUGUCAGUCUGGACUAUUAAGCCAAAGUCCCAGCAGUGAUCAGUGUGUGGCAAACACUCAAACAGACAACAAGAAUGUCUUGUCCAUCCUGUUCAUCGGUCAGAUUCUCCUCGGGAUCGGUGGUGUGCCCAUUCAGCCUUUCGGAAUUUCUUACAUUGAUGAUUACGCCAGCAAAAGGAACUCGCCUCUUUACAUAGGCAUCCUCUUUGCUGUGACGGUGAUGGGCCCCGGCGUCGCUUUCAUCCUGGGAUCGGCCAUGUUACGCUACUAUGUGGACAUUGACAAGUUCCCAGCCAGUGAAAUCGUCCUCACCCCCAGUGACCCGCGCUGGAUCGGAGCCUGGUGGCUGGGCUUCAUCGUGGCGGCCAGCGUUGUGGCCCUGGCCUCCAUUCCCUACUUCUUCUUCCCCAAAGAAAUGACGAAACAGCAGGUCAAGCAUGAGAGCGCAGAUGAGAGCAAACCCGGCCUGAUGGAUGCCUUCAAGAAUAAUCCUGACAGAAGUGAACCCCUGUCCUUGGCACAGUUCAUCAGAGUUUUUCCAAAAGUUUUACUCAGGACGUUGAAAAAUCCAAUCUACAUCUUGGUGGUUUUGGCUCAAGCCAAUCUGUCGGCCAUGAUAUGCGGGCUGGCGACCUUCAUGGCCAAAUUUCUGGAGAGGCAGUUCUCGGUCACGGCGUCCUUGGCUAAUCUGUUGAUCGGAUCCGUGAACAUCCCGGGAGCAAUGGCCGGCAUUGUUUUAGGUGGAAUUAUCAUGAAGAGGUUCCAGUUAUCCUCUCGGCAGUGCGGAGCCAUGUGUGUCAUUGGAUUGUUCUGCUGCAUCCUGAUUGCUCUUCCGCUGCUCUUCUUGGGAUGCUCGACACAACAGUUUGCAAGUCCCCAUGUUGACCAAGGUUUAAGUGUUGGACUUUGGCACAAUGUGACCGAGUGCAGCAGCGAAUGUGGCUGCUCCGAAUCCGCUUUCAACCCAAUCUGCGGUGCAGACGGCAUUGAGUACAUCUCUCCGUGCUACGCCGGGUGUGAAGGCAUCAACUUUGAUUACAAGGAAAAUAAAGUGCUGAAUUACACCCGGUGCCGCUGUAUAACAUCUCCAGGAUCCGGAAACUCAGCCACUCCUGGGUCAUGUGGAACCAGCUGUUACCAUCUCUUACUGCCCUUCAUGAUCCUGUCCUGCCUGGCCGGGACACUGGCCAGUACAUCCCAGACGCCAUCCUUUAUGCUGAUACUUAGGAGCGUUAACCCUGCUGAAAAGUCCCUGGCAAUCGGCAUACAGUUCAUGCUCCUGAGGAUCCUUGCCUGGCUGCCGGGUCCUGUCAUGUUCGGCAGUAUGAUUGAUAGCACCUGCACACUAUGGGGAAAGAAGUGUGGAGCCAAAGCAGCCUGCCAAUAUUAUAAUACCGAUCUGCUGAGGCAAAGGUACAUCGGCUUGCAGAUUCUCUUCAAAAUAGGAGCUUUGAUCUUCUUUAUAGCUCUUUUCUGUGUGAUACGUCACAAAGACAAGAUCAAGGUCGAGGAUGAAAAAAAACCAGAGACACACAAGUUAAAUGAAAAGCAGGAAAAUCUUAAAGUUGUCCCGAGCCGGGAGCAUGAGAUGGCUGCGUAGAUCACCGUUGUAUAUGGGGAUGUUUUCUUCAUCUGAUAGAGUAUUGGCCGUGUCUUUAUUGUGCCCUCUAAACAGGGGACCUUCAAUAUACUUUUAGGAGAGGUUCUCAAGGAAUAUUUCAUCUUCACACACAACAUUGACCAGCAAUCCCUCGUUCUACCUGCAAACGAAGACUGAGCCAUUUUAAUUUACAAACCUAUAAAGCUAUCAAAAACAUUGUACAGAAAAGGACUUGUCCAUGGAGCAAAGUUUAUGAUAAAGCUGAUAGAAAAAACAUUGGAAAAUGACGCAGCUCUGAUCUACUGCCACCACCCUCUGCCUAAGGUUGUCAUAAGUUUCCUUCCCUUUUUCUAUUUCCAAUCAUUGCCCAAUAACAUAUGUUUCUUCUCCGACAGAGCUGGAAAGUAUGUUUGGUGAUUCACCCACAUGCGUCAAACUUGGUCGUGGAUUAGGAGUAGACAGGAAUUCCUUACCAAGAACAUAAACUUGAGUUCAAGCUAUUUUUUUCAAACAAGUUGUGAAACCAAAGGCCUAAAAGCAAUAAAAAAAGAUUGUAAAUACAAGGACAGUAAUAUUCUUAUACAUCUUUUAUAUAAAAUGAAAUACUUGGGUUUAAGUUGAAGUAACUUGUUCUACAAUUUAUAAAAAAGAAACCUUCAGCUGCCAUCCUAACUCAACUUGACCUUAAUUUGUUCUAUAUUCCAUUGGGGAAAAAAAAAAAAUUUACCAUCAGCUGCUGUCCUAACUCCAGUGGGCCUCCACGAUAUAUAUAUAUAUAUAUAUAUAUAUAUAUAUGUCCAUCCAUUAAGGCCACUUAACUUUCAGUUGCUAUUUUAGCUCUAUGAAUCUUCACCUUCAGCUGCUAUCCUGGCGCCAGUUGGCCUUUAUUUACUCUACAUUCCAUAAAAGAAACUUCACAUUCAGCUGCUGUCCUACAUGCAGUUGGCCUCUACUUGCUCUAUGUUCAAUUAAGGAAACUUCUCCUUCAGUUGCUCUCUUAGCUCCAGUUGGCCUCUGAGUGCUAAAUAUACCAUUAAGAAAAUUUCACUUUUAACUAAUAUUCAAGCUCCUUUUGGACUUUGUUUACUAUGCAUUCCGUAAAAGAAACUUCACGUUCAGCUGCUGUCCUACCUCCAGUUGGCCUUAACUUGCUGUAUGCUCCAUUAAGGAUACCUUACUUUCAGCUGCUAUUCUAGACACCCUUGGCCUCUACUUGCUGUACUUUCUAUAAAGAAACUUUACUUUCUGCUGCUGUCCUACCUCUAGUUGGCCUUAUUGUUCCAUUAUGGAAACUUCAUGUUCAGCUGCUAUCCUAGCUCCAGUUGACCUCUACUUGCUUUAUAUACCAUUAAGGAACUUUAUCUUCAGCUUCUGUGGCAGUUGGCUAUUUGUACUACAUUCCAUAAAAUAAACUUUACCUUGCGGUGCUAUUCUAGCUUCAAUUGGCCUUUACUUGCUCUUCAUUCCAUAAAUUAAGCUUUACUUUCAGCUGCUAGCCUAACUUCAAUUGGCCUCUGCUUGCUCUAUAUACCAUGAAGGAAACUUUAUCUUCUGCUGCCAUUCUAGCUCCAGUUGGCCUUUACUUGCUUUACAUUCCAUAAAGGAAAAUUUACUUUCAGCUGCUAUCCUACUGUUAAUCAAUGUGUCUUUACUUUUGCUCUACAUUCCAUAAAAUAAACUUCAGCUUGAGUUGC